CCAGGCAGGCGGCCAAUCAGCUCAAGAGCCCCUCUAUAAAAACUUCUAUUCAUCGCGUAAAAUUUAUAGCGCUUCAGAGAAGCAAAACCGAUCUGAGGAAAGACGCACGUGAAAGAGCUGGACACUGCGCCCUGACCUGUGUUUGGAAGAGUUUUAUUUCUAAGGUGUAUAUCUCCCUGAGGCAAAUAAGAAAUGGCACUGGCAGACAUCCCGUUUUUUGGCCCGAUCUCUGUGUCAGAGAGUCUCGUUGCAAUUAUAACAAUCUGCACAGUGUAUCUCGUGCUGUGGGUCACUCGCACCAAAAUCCCUGAAGGUCUUCAACCACUUCCAGGCCCCAAACCUCUCCCCCUUAUUGGAAAUGUGCUGGAAUUAGGACGCAACCCACACCUGAGUCUGACAGCCAUGAGUAAGCAAUAUGGCCCAGUUUUCCAGGUCCAGAUCGGCAUGCGUCCGGUGGCAGUGUUGGGUGGUACCGAGGUGGUACGUCAGGCCCUGAUCAAGCAGGGUGAAGAUUUCGCCGGACGUCCUGACCUCUACAGCUUCCGCUUCAUCAGUGAGGGGAAGAGCCUGGCUUUCAGCACGGAUAAGGCAGGUGUAUGGCGCGCACGUCGCAAGCUCGCCCAAAAUGCCCUGCGCUCGUUUGCAAACCUCGGAGGUCAGAGCUCUGAGUACUCCUGCGCCCUGGAGGAACACAUCAGCAAAGAGGGUCUGUACCUGAUCGACAGGCUGUGCAGCGUCAUGAAGGCCAGCGGUGGAUUCGACCCUUUUCGUCACAUCGUGGUGUCCGUAGCCAACGUGAUCUGUGGCAUGUGCUUUGGCCGGCGCUACAGCCAUGACGACAAGGAGCUACUGAACCUGGUGAACAUGAGUGACGAGUUCAAUCAAGUAGUGGGCAGCGGAAACCCGGCUGACUUCAUUCCCUUCCUGCGCCUCCUGCCCAGCACCAGCAUGAAGAAGUUCCUAGCCAUCAACAAGCGCUUUAACGUCUUCAUGCAGAAACUCGUCAAAGAGCAUUAUGACACGUACAAUAAGGACAACAUCCGUGAUAUCACAGACUCGCUCAUCGAUCACUGUGAGGACAGGAAACUGGACGAGAACUCAAAUCUGCAGGUGUCCGACGAGAAGAUAGUGGCAAUCGUGAAUGAUCUCUUCGGAGCCGGUUUCGACACAAUCAGCACAGCUUUGUCCUGGUCUGUUGUGUACCUAGUGGCUUAUCCUGAGAUUCAAGAGAGACUGCAUGAAGAGCUGAAGGAGAAGGUUGGAACGGACCGUACGCCGGGCCUGGCGGACAAAACCAACCUGAUUUACCUCGACGCUUUCAUCAUGGAGAUCUUCCGUCAUUCCUCCUUCCUUCCUUUCACCAUCCCGCACUGUACCACAAAAAACACGUCCCUCAAUGGAUACUUCAUUCCUAAAGACACGUGCGUCUUCAUUAACCAGUGGCAAGUCAACCAUGACCCGGAGACGUGGAAAGAUCCUUCCUCGUUCAACCCCGACCGCUUCCUGAGAGCCGACGGCAGCGAGCUCAACAAGAUGGAAGCCGAGAAGGUCAUGAUCUUCGGCUUGGGCAAGCGCCGCUGCGUGGGAGAAGUCAUCGCUCGCUCCGAGGUCUUCCUCUUCCUCGCCAUCCUCAUCCAAAGGUUAAAGUUCAGCAGCAUGCCGGGCCAGAUGCUAGACAUGACCCCGGAGUACGGCCUCACCAUGAAGCACAAGCGCUGCCUCUUGCGUGCCACGCUGAGACCUGGGUUCGAAUCUUCAUGCACGGUGUGAGAGUAUGAAACGAGCCGUAAAAUUCAGCUGUUUAAUUUCAGGGAUGCUAAUGAUGAGAAUCCCUCAAUGUUCUUGUGACACUGUGGUCAUUAUAGACCCAGAGGGUCAUCUCAGUGUAGGGGCUGAAAAUUUCUGACGCUUAUCAGUCUUAAACGCAGAUCUACAUAUGCUAGUCACAAAGCUGCCAGAGGAACGAGACUGUUUAUCUUGUGAAAUUGAUAUAAUAUAUCGAUAAAGACACUGUGUCCAUGUCUAGCAUUUUAGUUGGCAUCGCAUCGGAGUUUGGCUAGUUCCUGGUAUAUAUCUCAGGUACCUUGCUGCAGUGGUUAGGAAACAUCGAUCUGAUUCUGUGGAAUUGACUUCAUUACGAAUCGUAAACUGUUCUAAUGGCAGGGACAGAAUUAACAGUACAGUUUUUAGUGCCUUUUCUCUUACAGUAAG